GAGUCACGCACACCCACCCACCCACCCUCACCGAGAGAGCGCCAAACCCAAACGGAAAUCCCCCUCUACUUUUUUAUUCCUUUUGCCGCUCUCUCUCUCUCCCCUGAAAAUUCACCUCACCUCACCCCAACCAAACCCUCAUAUUAACGUACCUUCAGUUUUUCAAAAUCGAAUCCAAUUUCCUCCUAAUUCUCACCACUUCACUCAUCACUCAAUCCUUUCCCAUCUCCACCAAUCCACAAUUUCUCCCUAGCUGCAUCUCUCCAUGGGGCAGCCCUCGUUGCCGCCUCCGCCAAUUGCCCCUCCACCGCCACCGCCGCUCCCGCCGCCGGCUCAGCUCGGUGCCGGCCCCGCCGCUGGGUGCCAGGUGCGCUGCGCCGGUUGCAAGAUGGUGCUUACCGUGAUGCCUGGCCUGACCGAGUUCGUCUGCCCUACGUGCCAGCUACCGCAGAUGCUGCCGCCCGAGUUGAUGCGGUCCAACCAGGCCCAGGCCCAGGCCCAGCAGCAACGGACUGCCCCGGCCCACGGCAUCGAUCCGACUAAGAUCCAGCUGCCAUGCGCCAACUGCAAGGCCAUACUCAAUGUGCCGCAUGGCUUGUCUCGCUUCAAUUGCCCUCAGUGCCAGAUUAGUCUCGCCGUCGAUCUCUCCAAGAUAUCGCAAGUGUUGCCUCCUCCAGUCCGCCCUCCUCUGCCUCUGCCACCGGCCGAAGAAGUCAAUGAGGUGGCCAUUGAAGUGGAGCGGGAAGAAGAUGAAGGUGGAUUGGCUGGAGAAACAUUUACGGAUUAUCGACCUCCCAAGCUAUCUAUUGGUCCUCCUCAUCCAGAUCCUGUUGUGGAGACAUCAUCCUUGUCUGCUGUACAACCUCCUGAACCUACUUAUGAUCUCAGGAUUAAGGAUAAGUUAGAGAGUUCAAAAGCAUUGUCAUGCUUACAGAUUGAAACACUGGUCUAUGCUUGUCAGAGACAUCUCCAGCACCUCCCUGGUGGUGAUAGAGCUGGCUUUUUUCUUGGAGAUGGUGCUGGUGUGGGUAAAGGAAGGACCAUUGCUGGGUUAAUAUGGGAGAACUGGCACCAUGGGAGACGAAAAGCAUUGUGGAUAUCUGUAGGUUCUGACUUGAAAUUUGACGCUAGAAGAGACUUGGAUGAUGUUGGUGCAACAUGUAUUCAAGUUCAUGCUCUGAACAAGCUGUCUUACUCUAAGCUCGAUUCCAAGGCUGUUGGCGUUAAGGAGGGAGUUAUUUUCUCGACUUAUAGCAGCCUCAUUGCAUCCUCUGAGAGAGGACGUUCACGUUUGCAUCAGCUUGUGCAAUGGUUUGGUGAUUUGGAUGGACUUAUUGUAUUUGACGAGUGUCAUAAAGCAAAAAAUCUGGUCCCUGAAGCUGGGGGGCAGCCAACAAAGACGGGCGAAGCUGUUCUUGAUAUCCAGGCCAGACUUCCUGAAGCUCGUGUCAUCUAUUGCUCAGCAACUGGUGCUUCUGAACCACGCAAUUUGGGUUAUAUGGUUCGCCUCGGUCUUUGGGGAUCUGGAACAUCUUUUCUCAACUUUCGUGAUUUUUUAGUUGCAAUGGAAAAAGGGGGUGUUGGAGCUUUGGAACUUGUUGCCAUGGAUAUGAAAGCAAGGGGGAUGUAUGUUUGUCGCACGCUGAGCUACAAAGGCGUGGAAUUUGAAGUUGUUGAAGUUCCACUGGAGGCCAAAAUGACGGAAAUGUAUGAAAAAGCAGCAGCGUUCUGGGCUCAGUUAAGAAUGGAGUUGAUAACGGCUAGCACAUUUCUUGCAAAUGAGAGGCCUAAUUCGAGUCAAGUGUGGAGAUUGUACUGGGCAAGUCAUCAGCGCUUCUUUAGGCAUGUAUGUAUGUCAGCUAAAGUUCCUGCAGUGGUUAGACUUUCUAAACAAGCAUUGCUGGAAAAUAAGUGUGUGGUUAUAGGCCUCCAGAGUACUGGGGAGGCAAGGACUGAGGAAGCUAUUACUAAAUAUGGUCUGGAGCUUGACGAUUUUAUAUCUGGGCCUCGUGAGUUGUUAUUGAAAUUUGUUGAGGAAAAUUAUCCGCUUCCAGAUAAGCCUGAACCACUUGCAGAAGAAAGUGUAAAAGAGCUUCAAAGAAAGAGGCAUUCAGCUACACCUGGUGUUUCAUUUGCAGGGAGGGUAAGGAAAGUUGCUAAACGGGAGGCUGAAAGUGAAGAAGAAAGCGAGUGGCAAUCUGAAACUGACACUGAACCUGAAACUGAAUCUGAUGAUGAGUUCCAGAUCUGCAACAUUUGCAAUUCUGAAGGGGAAAGGAAGAAAUUGCUUCAAUGUUCAUGUUGCAGCCAGCUUGUUCACCCUGCUUGUCUGGUUCCACCUGUUGUUGAAGUAACAUCUGGGGAUUGGUGUUGUUACUCGUGCAAGGAGAAAACAGAGGAGUUCCUCCGAGCUAGACAAGCCUACUAUGAAGAACUGCUGAAAAGAUAUGAAGGAGCCCUUGAACGUAAGAUGCAAAUUCUAGAAAUUAUACGCUCGUUGGAUCUUCCUAACAAUCCAUUAGAUGAUAUUGUUGAUCAGCUUGGAGGCCCUGAUAAAGUAGCAGAAAUCACAGGACGAAGAGGCAUGUUAGUCAGGGCUUCAGGUGGAAAAGGUGUUACUUAUCAGGCACGGAACACGAAAGAUGUGACCAUGGAAAUGGUCAAUAUGCAUGAAAAACAGCUCUUCAUGGGUGGUAAAAAACUAGUAGCUAUUAUAUCUGAGGCUGGAUCUGCUGGUGUUUCAUUACAAGCAGAUAGAAGAGCCGUUAAUCAGAGAAGAAGAGUUCAUUUAACUCUUGAACUCCCUUGGAGUGCUGAUAGAGCAAUUCAACAAUUUGGAAGAACUCACAGAUCAAAUCAAGCUUCUGCACCGGAGUACAGGCUGCUUUUUACAAAUCUUGGUGGCGAAAGACGUUUUGCUUCCAUUGUUGCAAAGAGACUUGAAUCUCUUGGAGCUUUGACACAGGGAGACCGUAGAGCGGGACCAUCUCUCAGUGCUUAUAAUUAUGAUAGUGCAUUUGGAAAGAAGGCCUUAAUGUUGUUGUAUAAGGGACUCAAUGACCAGGAACCUUUGGCCAUCGUUCCACCAGGAUGUUCAUCUGAAAAGCCUGAAACAAUAGAAGACUUCAUGGUGAAGGGAAAAGCUGCUCUUGUAUCUGUUGGGAUAGUUAGAGAGUCUGGCCGUAUAGUUGAUUCAGACAUGCAGGAUGUUGGGCGUUUCCUGAACCGACUUUUAGGGCUCCCUCCAGUGAUCCAAAAUAGGCUGUUCGAGUUUUUUGUUGGCAUCCUUGAUCUUCUUAUUCAGAGGGCACGUGUUGAAGGGCAUUUGGAUUCUGGUAUUGUUGAUGUGAAGGCUAACACAAUCGAGUUGCAGGGAGCACCAAAGACUGUUCAUGUUGACAAUAUGUCUGGGGCAUCUACUGUGUUGUUUACUUUCACAUUGGAUCGAGGAAUGACAUGGGAGGCUGCUUCCUCAUUGCUUGAGGAAAAGCACAAAGAUGAUGCUGGAUCAAGUAACAGUGGAUUCUAUGAAUCAAGGAGAGAAUGGAUGGGAAAACGGCAUUAUGUUUUAGCAUUUGAAGACUCUGAUUCUGGAGCCUACAAAAUUUUCCGGCCAAACCUUGGGGAGUCUAUCAGGGAGAUGACUCUAGCAGAACUAAAAGAAAAAUAUAGAAAACUUUCAGCUCUUGAGAAAGCUCGUAGUGGCUGGAAAGGUGAAUAUGAAGUUUCAUCCAAGCAGUGCAUGCACGGUCCCAACUGUAAACUGGGCAGCUUCUGCACUACAGGCAGAAGGUUACAGGAAGUGAACGUUUUGGGUGGCCUCAUUCUUCCUGUUUGGGGCACUGUUGAGAAAGCACUAUCCAAGCAGGCUCGUCAAAGCCAUAAAAGAAUCCGGGUUGUGCGUAUAGAGACCACUUCUGACAAUCAACGAAUUGUUGGAUUGCUCAUCCCAAAUGCUGCUGUUCCAACAGUUUUGCAAGAACUGGCAUGGGUUCAUGAAAUUGACGAGGAGUGAGAGUUGGGAGGGCUCAAACUUGUUUUGCCACUUUUUUGGGAGGAACGGUCUCCUAGACCUUUUGGGUUUGUGCUGCCAAGAUGCGGCAGAAUUAGGAUGACUUCUAACGUGCUUUGGCGAAGCCAGCAACGCCCACAUUUUUGGUGCCCAUUUGUUCAUAUUCCAAUUUUUAGGCCCCAUUGGAUAUCUGUUUUUUGUAUAUUACUAUUAUAGCAUUCAUGUAAUAUAGGCAAACAUAUGAAGAUUGUAACUUUCACAAACUCAUCUUAAAUACAAAUUCCUUUUGCUCCUCUAA